UUGCAUGCUGUUGUCAGCGGUGUGUUUGGUCAACGCAAUCAGGUUUGAUCCCUAACUGAAGUGACCAGGACUGGAGUUACACCAACUAAUUUAAUUGCUGCCCAGUGAUCUGCACCAGUGAGUCAUGCCUCACUUGAAGACAACCAGGAAGCCCCCGCCUCUUUGGAAAGAAUGGGACAAAAAGGCACAGAAAUGUGGCGUGAGACAUACUGUCUAUUCAGUGAAUGGGGAUGAAUACACAGGCGAAUGGCUGGACAACAAGAAGCAUGGAAAGGGUACGCAGGUUUGGAAAAAAACUGGAGCCAUUUAUGAUGGGGACUGGAAAUGUGGAAAUCGAAGUGGUUUUGGGACCUUCAGCUUACCUGACCCUGUAACUGGAGAGUAUGUUAAAGUGUAUUCAGGAGGUUGGAAAGAUGACAUGAAAGACGGGUUUGGAACUUACUUUUACUCUGAGACGGAGCAUUAUGAAGGAGAGUGGAAGAAAGACAAGAGAAGUGGCUGGGGCAGAAUGUAUUAUGGAGACGGUGGUAUAUCUGAAGGAGAAUGGCUUAAUGACAAACUUGAUGGCCAGGGAAUGUUUAGACUGGCCAAUGAGAACAGGUAUGAAGGCUCUUGGAAGAAUGGGAUGAAACAUGGCCCUGGCAAGUUUGUCUACCUGGACAAGGGUCAGCUGUAUGAAGCAGUGUGGGUAGAGAACAUUGCAAAGUGUGGAAAAAUGAGUGACUUUGGAAGAGAAGGGGCUCCAGCAGCUCCAGUUUAUCCAAUCCCAAAGAUACACCUGUUGGACCCCGAAGCUGUUUUAAAGGACGCUCGAUCAACGCUUCCAAUUGAAGAGGACUGAAUCUUUUUUUUUUUUUUUUUUUUAAAUGCUCACCUGCUGCAUGUUCAGACUGCCUCCUUCUUCCCUUCCAGUAAACAUGGUAACAAAAAGUAGGGUCAUGCAUUACAUAGUGUACUGUUCCUUAUUCUUAACCAUGUUGUAGUGUCAGCAGGACUAUUGCGGUAUGAUGUAAACACAUACUCUGGAAAAUAUUUCUGGUUCUUUCUUUGACUGUGCAGCUUUAAGCACAUGUUCAACCCUUGCAGAAAUUAGCAAAUUUCCCUCCCUUAAGACAAACUUUUUUCAAACCUUGUUGAGCCACAUUUUCUUCUGCGAUUUAUAUCACAGGGUGUGGUUUGUGUUAUAAUGUAUUUGCUCAAUAUUUACAAAACUGUCUGGAUUAAAUGAGCCUAUUGAACUGCAGUACUGACUAUAAAGGUUAUGGCUAUGCCUCCUAUUUUUCUUAAUGUCAUUCUCAUAAGGACCGCUCCACCUAAACAAAAUAAACACAGCAAAGAAAAAAGGCCUAUUAUAUUAAAAUGACAAGCAUGCUAGCAGUGAAAAUGUGACAAACAUAUCUUCAGAAUCACGUUUCAGCAUAACUGCAUCAGUGUCUUGUAGAGCCGCUAUCUCCCUGUGGCCAGAUAUACAGCCCCAGCCAGUAAUAACAGUUAAAAUGCAUGUACUAGAAUAGUUGGGGUUUAUCCACGACAGUAGCAGAAACUUGAACAAAAACAGACUUGCAAGUCAUACAAAACAUACAUUUAAAUAUCAGCCUUGUUUUGCUGGUUUCCUUUUGGCACGUUAGCAAUAAUUUAAUGAUGCAGUUGCAGUUAUAUCACACUCAUACGUUACACUUUUUUUCAGUUAGAAAACAUUUAAGACUACCCAAAAUGUAUUACAAUGGUCAGCAUUUCUGUUUUGUAAGAAAAGUGCAAUUAAAACCUGCACAGCCACCCAGUGCACAUGUUUAAAUGUACAUCAUGUUUUACAUACCAAAUAAACCUCAGCAGUAUGAUAAAUGCUCAACAUAACUUAUUCCAUACUGGAGUGAGAAGCUUUGAAAACAACAUUGUACACGUUCAAACAAUUCCACCGUUAUGGAAGUGCAUGCAGUAAUCACCACUCUUUUUGUUCUUCUUGCUGAUUUCAAAAGAAAAAAAAAACAACAAUUCAAAAUCAAUUGAAAACAGCUGCAAAAAAAAAAAAAAAAAAAAAAAACAG